ACUUCCGUUACUUUCAGUCACAUGAUAGUCAAGAUGGCGCAUACAGCUCAAAAAGGAAAAUUGAUAGCUGUCAUCGGGGAUGAGGACACCUGUACAGGAUUUUUAUUAGGAGGGAUUGGUGAAAUAAACAAGAAAAGGGAGCCCAAUUUCUUAGUAGUUAACAAAAAUACGAGUGUAAUGGAAAUAGAGGAGGUGUUCCGUAACUUUGUGAAGCGUACUGAUAUUGCCAUCAUUCUCAUAAAUCAAAAUAUAGCAGAGAUGAUACGCCAUGUUAUAGACAUGUAUACAGAUCCAAUACCUGCUGUGUUAGAAAUUCCCAGUAAAGAAUGCCCCUAUGAUGCUAGCAAAGAUUCUAUUUUAAGACGAGCAAAGGGUAUGUUUUCAGCUGAAGACUUCAGAUGAGGACGUUUACAGUCUAGCUAGCUGAAUAGAAAAAAUGACAAGGGUUAAUAAUCGGAACAUACAUUUAGUAUAGACUCUGCAAUGUGUUAUAUUUUGUUUCAAUGAAUGUUUAUGUUUUACAUAAGACUUGUGCUGGACGCAAACAUCCCUGGAAGUGUUACAGACCAGUGGGAUUCUUGUUUGUAAACAGUUUUUAUGUUGAAGAUAUAUAGAAUAUUUUAGAACAUAACCUGCUGGCUUUUAUAGUUAUUCUAAUGCCUGAUCACAAAUUUAUCUCAGAAAUAAAAUAUAUAUAAAAGCUUAACCAAGAGGAGACACAGUUAUUUUUAUGGUUCAAGUACGAUUUUUGAAACUUCUUUAACAAUGAAAAAAAAAAUGAAAGCCUGUUGUAUAGAAGUAAAUCAUGUAUUCAAGGAAAAUUGAUUUAAAGCCUCUUACUGAACAUACAGAGAAACAGUGUCAUUAAUUGCAUGUUGUACCUUUAUACUUGUUUCAUUCCAUAUCUUGAGUUGUUAGUAUUCACUUUAUAUUGUUUAGCUAUUUUCAACAUGAAGAACUGUCAAAUAGGCUUUUAUGAAAGAAAUUUUCUAUUUAAUGUUGUAAAUAUUGUUUCAGUGAUAUAGAAGUGAAACUCGGAUUUUGAAUAUAUAUGAGAACUGUGUGAUUCGUCGAAAUUAGCACCAGUCUUUAGAAAGAAGACUAAAAUCUUACAGUUAAUCAGUGAAUCAAACAAUCAUCAUGAAUAAAAGCAGUUGUAUAACCAUCAUGUCAAAAAUAAAUUUACCAUAUGCUGUAUAUCUAUAGUGUCUCAAGUGGUUAUCAUGCCACCAUUGUUUUUAGCUCGACUAUUCGAAGAAGCUCGACUAUUCGAAGAAUAGUCUAGCUAUUCUACUCACCCUGGCGUCGGCGUUGGCAUCGGUGUCACACCUUAGUUAAAGUUUUGCAUGCAAGUACAUAUGGCCAUCAUUUAUAGGCAUAUAGCUUGAAACUUAUUUUUUCUUUUUCUAGGUCAAUGACCAACCUCACUAGGUCAAGUCCUAUAACUCUGACAUGUAUUUUGGGCCAAUUAUGUCCCUUUCUGGACUUAGAAAACCCUGGUUAAAGUUUUACAUGCAAGUUACUGUCUCCAAAACUAAUGCAGAUAUUGAAUUGAAACUUCACAUGUGUCUUCGGGGUUUUAAAUCUAGUUGAUAGCAUCAAGUUCCAUAACUCUGACCUGUAUUUUAGGCAAAGUAUGCCCCCUUUUGGACUUAGAAAAUCCUGGUUAAAGUUUUGCGUGCAAGUACAUACAGCUAUUACUUAAAGACAUAUAGAUUUGAAACAUAUUUUUUCUUUUUCUAGAUCAAUUACCAACCUCACUUGGUCAAGUCCCAUAACUAUGACAUUUAUUUUGUGCCAAUUAUGCCCCCUUUUGGACUUAGAAAAUCCUGGUUAAAGUUUUACAUGCAAGUUACUAUCUCCAAAACUAAUGCAGAUAUUGAAUUGAAACUUCACAUGUGUCUUCGGGGUUAUAAAACUAGUUGAUAGCAUCAAGUCCCAUAACUCUGACCUGCAUUUUGGCCAAAUUAUGCCCCCUUUUGGAGUUAGAAAAUCCUGGUUAAAGUUUUGCGUGCAAGUACAUACAGCUAUUACUUAAAGGCAUAAUUAUAGAUUUGAAACUUAGUUUUUCUUUUUCUAGAUCAAGUCCCAUAACUCUGACAUGUAUUUUGUGGCAAUUAUGCCCCCUUUUGGACUUAGAAAAUCCUGGUUAAAGUUUUACAUGCAAGUUACUAUCUCCAAAACUUCAGAUAUUGAAUUGAAACUUCACAUGUGUCUUCGGGUUAUAAAUCUAGUUAAUAGCAUCAAGUCCCAUAACUCUGACCUGUAUUUUGGGCAAAGUAUGCCCCCUUUUGGACUUAGAAAAUCCUGGUUAAAGUUUUACAUGCAAGUUACUAUCUGCAGUACAAAUGCAGAUGUUAAAUUGAAACUUCACAUGUGCCUUCGGGGUUAUAAAACAAGUUGAUUUCAUCAAGUCCCAUAAUUCUGACUUGCAUUUUGGUCAAAUUAUGUCCCCUUUUGAACUUAAAACUUCUGGUUAAAGUUUUGCAUGCAAGUUACUAUCUCCAAAACUAAUGCAGAUACUGAUUUGAAACUCUAUAGUUAUUUUAACAUUUAGGGUAAUAUUUUCCUGCUUCUGGGACAAUAUUUCGAAUAGUUGAGCACUGGUUGUCUUACGGACAGCUCUUGUUCAUUCUUUAGUAGGUCCAUUCUGUAUAUGUUAUGGAUAUACCGUGACAAUUAUAUGUAACGGUGUUGUAUUUAAUUUAGACCCAUUUUCUUUUUAAGGAGAUCAUUGUAAUGUAAAAAUAGUUGCUAGA